AUGGACGACAGAGGAAGAGAAACAGUGAACUCCUCUACUGCCCCAACUCCCAACACAUCAGUGGUUCAGAACGUCUUCUUGGAUCUUGAACCUAGACAUACGACACGGUAUUUGAUUGAUGGAAAACAAACCCUUCGGGAUGAGAAUCCGUUCUUCGAUCCAGCAAUAACCAGUCGUGAUUGUAGAGAUGACAUAAGGAUGUCUCAUACUGAUAGCCGAGAGCUUCGAGAGAAGCUUAUUAGAAUCUUGUCACUAACCCUUGGUCACUGGAUACAUAGACUCACAGUAGCAGUGCAUCGUCAGUGUGAAAAGGAUCCAGUAACCCCUGGGGAUGUUAUCACAGGUACUCUCACCAUUUGGAUGGCGGCAACCACCAAAGACCAUUUGCUGACCUGUGUCAUUUUGAGUGUGAACUGGAAACAGGAUGACGUUACUGAUGAUAAGGAAUUACUGACAUUCGCCAGCCAUCAUGGCCACAAGCACCAGCAGUGCACACUGGGUCAUGAUACUGUAUUGCCAGAGGGCGCGUAG